AUGAUGGAAACAGAUGAUUUGAAAUUCAUGUUUUCGGGAAUAGCAUAUGCACCGGAGGGAGUGAUGGAACCAGAAUGCGGAGCUACACUUCGAAACGUUAUCUUAGAUAUAGCAAGGCUUUCCAAGAUUACUGGUAGCGUAAAGACAUAUGGUACACAGUGCAGACAGGCAGAAUUCAUCUUAGAAGCCAUCGAUCAAUUACAGUUGAACUUUACACUUUCUAUGGGUGUUUGGAUUGGUUCAGAUGAGGCUACAAACCAGGCACAAUUGCACGUUAUGAAGGAUUUGAUCAAAAGGUAUCCUAGGAAGUACUUUCGCUCGAUAUUCAUAGGAAAUGAAGUCAUUUAUAGAAAAGAGAAAACUGUUCCAGAGCUAAUGGGUUAUGUGAGGGAAGCAAAGAAUUAUCUUCUUAGUCUGAAUAUUACUGACUUACCUGUUGGUGUUUCAGAAAUUGGAUCACAAAUCACCAAGGAAAUGCUUCUUGAUUGCGAUUUUGUGGGAGCAAAUGUUCAUCCAUUUUUUGGGGGAGUUGAUGCUCAAUUUGGCACAAGAUGGGUACUUGAUUACUAUCACAAUCAAUUACUUCCACUAAAAGAGAGCAUCAAUACAACUACUGAAAUAAUAAUUUCGGAAGUUGGCUGGCCAUACCAAGGAGGUGAGUUUAUAAGAUCUGUUGCAGGAAGCUGGGAAUAUCAGCAAUUUUUGAACGAUUGGCUUUGUACUUCACCUGCAAAUAUCUUGAACAACUGUUUCUAUUUUGAGGCUUUUGAUGAGCCUUGGAAACGCAUCUGGUGGGAUAACGAUAGGACCUGGGAAACAGAAUGGGGUUUUUUUACAAGUGAUCGGAAAAUGAAAAAACAUAUUUAUAUACCUGACUGUUCCAAAUAUGGGAACCCUUCGCUUGUUGAUUUUGAAUAUAUUGAAGAAGUUGAGGACCCGUAUGCAAAUGAUGAGGAUCAUGAUUGA